AUGGUAGAAGCCGCAUCCAGCAACACACGACAAUAUGAUCGCACAGCAGCGCUGGAAGAGCGAAUUAGAGAACUGGAGGAUGCGGUAAGCUCCUCGUUCCAGUCGUUCCGAGGGGCUCUGCAGCAGAUAUCUAGUCAUGUUGGUCUGCAAGAUGUGACUGGAACAUUAGUUGGGUUUGCUACACGGUCGGCCGAGGAUCAUAUCCGUCCUGAUAUUCAAGCUGAAUCAACCCCUGAACUAUUCGAACCAGGGUAUGAAAGAAAGGAUCUCAUUGACAAGGGAGUUUUGACAUUGGAAGACUGUCGAAUGCUCUUCGAUUUCUACGGUGCCAACUGCAGUGAAAUCAUUGCCUUUUUCGAUAACACAAUGGCUUCAUUCGAGGAAACCCGGAGAUAUCCGCUGCUCUUGGCGGCCAUGUGUACGAUCGGUGCCCGUGCAUCUGCACCUCGGCUGUAUCGCCCAUGUCUAAAUGAAACCUACUCGUUGAUUCAGCAAACAUUACUUGGACCUGUCCCUUCUCUUGAGACACUAAAGGGUAUAUUGUUAAUGGCUGUGUGGCACAAGAAUUACCGGUUAUUGGGACUGGUGCUAUCAAUUGCCUACCAAAUUCAACUUCCCGAGACGGCGUUGAGUCUAGCAGACAAUACUAGUGAUCACGAUGAAGACUCUAUUGACAGAGCAAGGACAUGGUUGUCCUUCUGCUGCGUUGACCUUGUGCACAAUACCAGCAAAACGUACUUUGUCAGUGAGAGCGAUCGCUACACCAGAUUAGGAAGCCAUUUGACAUCGAUGCCGUAUCGGCGUAACGUGGACUAUCGCAUACGGGCAUAUUUGGAGAUAUACGGCAUCCUCAAUCAGGCAAAAAAGGACGCGGUAAUCUCAGACAAUAUGCAGCGGCAGCCAAUUACGUCAGGUGUCUGCAGGCAGCUCCAGCUCUAUGACAAACAGCUGCAAGGAUGGUUUCGACGAAAUGAUGAAGAAAUGGAUCCCAUUUACCAGACAUUCUCCAAGCCCCAGGACCGCAAUCGAAUGGCGAUUCCUUACAAUUUUGCCCGAAUGCACCUGAAUGGACUUGUCCUCCACGGUCUGAAGCCAGAUAGUGCUAGCAACGACCCGCUUCGAGUCCAAUUCAUACGAGCAGCUGUCGAUGCCGGGAAAGCGUUGCUUAAAUGCGCCCUACGUUCAAUUGACUACCAGGCCAACUUGAACUAUUCGAUCGACUACUCCGGCUCAGCCCUAGGCCUGGCAAUCAACUUCCUAUCUCGUGCCACCUGCGUUGCAUAUGACUGUAUCGACCUUGAAGGGGUCAUGCGUAUACUUGCGCAAGCAAGGGAUAUGUUUGAAGGUGCCAAGCUAGCUGGAAAGGCAGACGAAGUCAGUCACAUCCUCGAUCAAGUGGCUGAGAUAAAGCGCACUAUGACGGCCACCAAACCGAGAAACGAUACAACCGAGGCGGAUAUUAACGAUAAUGUCGAUGAUGGGUCUGAUUUCUUUCUCAAUGCUAGACUCCCUUUGUCGGAGUUCUCUCUGGACGAGCCGUCGAUUGAAGAUAUACUUAUGUAUUCUGGAGAGUAA